UGCAAAAAAAAAAAGAUCAUUAUGCCCGCCUUAUCUCACUACAAAGCACUAUCAUCAUCUCUACCGUCCGUUGACCGGUCCCUCCCUCUCAUCCAACGACUCAGGAGGAUCCACGGAAUCUCAUCUUCCUUCCCGGAACCUUCUCCCUCCUCGACUGUUCUUCCCGGCGUUAAUCGGACCGUCCCUGGCGGCUCUCUCGCUAAAUGGAUCUCCGGGAUAACAGCUGGCUCCGGCUUAGGGUUUCUGUAUUGGUGCUCCGAUUCUGACUCGACUUCUGGUUUGUUCGGUGGAAUUAAUUUAUUGUCAUUCGCUGAUUGUUCAUCGCCCUCUGUAUGUGACGCAGAAGUUGGCGAUCUGAAACCGAGAUCGUUUAUCCCGAAAUUGGCAUUGCCUGGUUACAGCUCCGGAUUCAUCUUCGGAGAUGCGUAUAGGAGGAAGAUUUUCUUCAAUUACGAGAAGCGUUUGAGAUUACAAAGUCCUCCUGAAAAGGUUUUCGAGUAUUUUGCAUCUGUACGAACAGCAAAAGGAGAAUUACUGAUGAAACCGGCAGAUUUGAUGAGAGCAAUUGUGCCGGUGUUUCCUCCAUCAGAAUCUCAUCUAGUAAGAGAAGGAUAUCUGACCGGGGAGAGAAAUCCCGGUGAACUUAGAUGCUCUCCUUCCGAGUUCUUCAUGCUGUUUGACGUCGAUAACGAUGGCCUUAUAUCCUUCAAAGAGUAUAUAUUCUUUGUGACAUUACUCAGCAUCCCUGAAUCAAGCUUCGCCGUGGCUUUCAAAAUGUUUGAUACAGACAACAACGGGGAGAUUGACAAGGAAGAGUUUAAGACAGUCAUGAGUCUGAUGCGAUCUCAGCAUAGGCAAGGAAUUGUCCACAGAGAUGGCCUUCGAACAGGUUUACAUAUGACAGGCUCUGUCGCGGAUGGAGGGUUGGUAGAAUACUUCUUUGGAAAAGAUGGCAGUGAAAAACUUAAGCACGAUAAAUUCAUUCAGUUUAUGAAAGAUCUAACUGAAGAAAUGCUGAGGCUGGAGUUUGCACAUUACGACUAUAAACGAAGAGGAACUAUAUCAGCCAAAGAUUUUGCAUUGUCGAUGGUGGCUGCGGCUGAUGCAAGCCACUUGAGCAAGCUGCUUGAUCGAGUGGAGGAUCUGAGCGAACACCCGCAUCUCCGGGACAUCCGUAUCUCGUUAGAGGAAUUCAAACAGUUUGAUGAGCUACGCAAUAAACUUGGGCCGUUUUCUCUGGCACUUUUUGCUUAUGGCCAAGCUAAUGGUUUACUUACAAUGACAGAUUUCAAACGAGCCGCCUCUCAGGUAUGUGGAAUAUCAUUGUCAGACAAUGUGAUAGAGAUUGCGUUCCAUGUGUUUGAUUCGAAUCGAGAUGGGACUUUGAGUGUGGAAGAGUUUUUGCGGGUUCUGCAUAGAAGAGAGCGAGACAUGUCACAGCCAAUUGCAAAGGGACUGUGUCAGUAUUUUUCAGAUAGAUGGAACGGUUCGAAGAACUGCUCCUCGCGGUAAAAACAAAGUAACUCCGUAAAGAAGAGACCAUUCUCUGUGGGGCUUACUGAUGAACUCGAGGGAAUUUUUUUUGUGCUCUUGGGUUCAUACGAGUGAGCCCAGAGCUUGACUACUCCACGGUUGCAUUGUAAGAAAGAAAUCUGAAUAAAUCUUUGUACAGUUGAUGGACCUAUGAACUUUUUUUUUGUCAUCUAUCUAAUAAUAUAAAUUGUAAUUUA